CUCAUGACAAAUUUUGUGGCUGAUACAGACAACUUGCCGGCGUACCGGCCCACCUCUCAUCCCGUCCGACCGCUGUCUGAGAGCUCGUUCCACCUGUCCACCAAGGGCAGGCCCUGGGCGACAUUGAAACUCUCCAGCAGAGCCGCGGAUGGCCCCCCCGUUGUCCAUGAAGGAGACGGCAUCUCCGGAUCUGUCGCCGUAGAUUUAUCCUCUGGUGAAUCUCUUGUCGGCGUCGUGGUGACGCUUACCGGAAGGCUGGACAGCAUAGUGUCCGGGCAACAUACAUUUUUGUCAGAAACCAAAACUCUCGGCUCGUCGGACGCGACGUUGACGCGCUGUUCGUCGGACGGUUCGGGGUCGUCCUUCGGUUCGACGGUCCUCAAGCCAGGAGCAGCGAGCACCAAACUCCGCGGACAGCUAUCCAUGCCGUUCUCAUUCGAACUUCCUCGUACCGUCGAGCUGUCCGCACAAAUGCGGGGGAAGUCGCCAUCGUCGUCGUUCAAACUUCCGCCGUCGUUCAACGAGGUUCAAUCGUCUUUCAGCAUCAAAUAUCACAUAUCCGUUCGUCUUCGCAAGGGCAUAUUGAGAUUUGAUUCCAUAUUGAGCACGCCGAUACUCUUUGUCCCCAGCUUACGUCCAGACCCUCCGUCUUUGUUCCGUCAGUUGGCGUUGUCGAAUCAAAUCGAUCUGCACGGCGUCGAGGGAGACCCAGAAGGUUGGAUCUCGUUUGAGCCGAUCAAGAUGAAGGGCAAGCUAUUCAAUAGCCGAGAGGUCGCGGUGAACCUAAAGCUAUCGCUCGCGCGUCCGCUUUGCUACGUCCGUGGUCAUCAUUUGCAGAUGAUGCUGCAAAUAUCGUCAGACGACUCGCAAGCUUUAGAGCUCUUGUCCAAUCCUUCGGCGCAUAACGUCGGUCUGCUCCGGAAUGCGCAUGAUCCUGGAAGCAAUCCGAACACUCCGGUGGCAUCCCAUGCACGUCCUCUUGGGUACACCACAUGGCGUCGGUUUGUCGAGCCCAACAACAAUGGCGACCCCGUCAAUUCGCGUACGCUCUGCGGAGAGUUUACGCUGCCCGAGGACAUUGCUCCUACGAUGAUAUUCGGCGCGUACAGAAUCACGUAUCUCGUCGUGAUGUAUCCGCCAAAAAUAUCUGGCUUCGUACCGCUCAGAGACAGAUAUCUCCUCUCCGAAUCUGUAAAGGUUGCUACCCUCCCUCCUUCCGCAGAUAGUGCGACUACGACCGCAGGGCUUUCUUUACCUCCAACAUAUAACCGAUUGCCCGGUUCCUGAAUGCACAGUUUUGACACAUCGAUGUUCCUCGAGUCCGACUGCGGAUCGAGUGAAUAAACUCCGGCGUCACAUACA